ACAUUUCAUUACUGUUUCUUAAUGAUUUCGACUUGCUGAAUUCAAAAAUGAUUAUAAAAAACCAGAAUUAGCUCAAGUUUACAAGGUACUGUACAUCAACGUCCAAUAAAUUGCAUAAUAUACAUCUGAAUACAUACACAUAAUGUAAUUUUUAUUCGAGUUGGCACACAGAAACCAUCAGAACACUUUUUGAUACAUAAAAACUAAAUUAACAGCGAAAGCAUGAAAUACCCAGGACAUCACUCGCGUGUAUGACACUUAUUUACAGAUUUCUUGUAUGAAUCUGAAAGCGUUUCAUAUGUAAUGUUCCAGCAGUAGUCUGCUAACAUUGCUGGACUAUUUCCCUUCGUAUCACUUUUCCAUACAAGCAAUGUCUUGGUGAAAAUACUUCCCAUGUUUGUCACUGACAGACCUGCAGUUUUCAGGGAAAAGUGAAUGUGAGGAUGCAAAAAGUGCAUCUGUGCAUUUUCAAUGACAUGUUGCAUCCCAUCUUUUCAUAACACAACAGCAUGUUACAAAUAAUUUGUAAUUUCUUGUUUGUAAUUAGAAGCUUUGUAGUUUCCAAGAAAAUUGUUUACCACCAUCCUGAAAGCAUUCUAUUCUUUUCCAGCACUUAUUAGAACGCUAUCAAAGUGUGUAUUUUUGAGAAGCUUGGAAAUCUGUGAGCCUAUAAAUAUCCCCUCUAACUUUUGCUUCACUAAUGUUUGGAAAUGUCUCUCUAAAAAACUAAAUUCUGGGCCAUUUCAAUCCGUGGUUUUGACAAAGUUUUUCAUAAGUCCUAAUUUUAUAUGCAACGAUGGUAGUAUGAUCAAACUGCAUUUUACUAACAGUUCAGAAAUAACAUUUUUUGAUCCAGGUUCGAGAGAUUUCCUUUAUGGUCAGAUUCUCCUUUUGAAAUGUGCUACUUGGUCUCUGCUAUCCCUCUCACAGAGAAAACAACAGUACUUCGUAUACCGCAGCUGAAGUCCAAGUAAUAAUGCUAUAACUUUGAAAUUACAACACACCUUCCAUUUAUAUUCUGCAAGAAGUUGCUUCAUGCUUUUGUAUGAUUCUUUCAUGUACUUUGCAUGGCCAAUAUGAAUAGGAAGCUUUUGUUACACAACAGUAACAUUUUAGCUUUACGGCUCACCUUGGAGGAGUCAAUGAAGAGUCUCCAUUCGCAUUGUUUGUAGCAUAUAUCGAGAGCUGGCAUAAGAAUGAUUGUUUUCUUUUCUUUCCACAGACAUGCAAGAAAAUGUACUUUAAGCCGUAUAGGAAUACAUUUCAAGAACUACAGAAAAAUGACAAUUUUUUCAAAAAUUUGACAUAUUUGGUUCGAAAUCGUAAAAACUAGAGCCAAGUUAACAUUUUUAAUGUCGUGUUCAUAUUCAGCACCCUUGAAUUAGUAAUAUUCAGCUACUUUGGUUUCGGAAGCUUUUUGGCUGUUGACCAGUGUUAUUAAAAUAAGUUUGGCAAUGACUUUGUACUUAGCUUUCAAUAAAAUAUGUGAAAAUUUCACUUAAAAACUGGAUUAUUUUUUAAAAGUAUUAUUAACGGUUUUAAUUAAACUAAUUUUGCCUGAUGAUCAAUCCUCAAGAUAUCAUUAUCACCACUUUUUCCAACAGUCAAUAUGAAUACUUCAUUCAUGUUGACUUAUAAUGUGAUAACUUUAUGCUAAAGAACGUGAAAUUUAUCACAGUGCUCUAUUUUGUUCGUCAUUAUUUAUAAUGCACGGCCAUUGUGGAUGGUGUCCAUAUUAAUCAGUUAGUUCAUAACAUAUACACAAACUUUACUACACGAAUCCGCAUAGAACUGGAGAAUGCUAACUGAAUUUUGCGUGGGUUUACUUUCUCCAGUUUCUGCGUGUGUUCGUAAAACUCUAUCGAAAAUAACUUGCGCAAUUUUAAUGCGUAGAAUAUCCGAUGAUGAUAUUUUUCAACAUCCUUUAUCAAAUGUAUUCUUAAAUGAAUGAAUUCAGUUUAUUCUAGAUCGUCGGGAGAUGCUAUCGAACAUUGAAAAGUUCAAACAUAAAUAGUAUUUUUAGAAAAGUUAAAAAUGAAGUGUCAAUGUCAACUACACCAAUGCUGCUGCUUUAAAAACAGUAAAGAUGCUUCGCUAGCAUCGGGAAUUUAUACAACUGUUGUGUCUGCAAUCGGUUUAAUUACUGUCAUUGCCAUUUGGUCUAUCUCCGAAUUUCAUCCGUCUUCAAAAUAUUUUUUUAUUGCGGUGUACGCUUCAUCUUUAACAUUCUGUUUAAUAUUCCUUCUAUUCAGUUUGCUUCUGGUGUACGCCGUGAUUAAGAAAAAACGUUUGGCCUUAAUACCAUGGAUAACUUGUUUGGUGAUUUUAAUGCUCUCUCAACUUACCGCAAUUAUUGUCUUUUUUGUAUUGGAAAUGUUGUAUGGAGAAUUUUCGCUCCUUCUUAUUUGUGCAGCUUUACUUCUGGCUACGCUAGGAUUACAUAUUGUAUGUUUCCUUGUGGUUAUAACAUAUUAUCGAUCAUUGGAAGUGCCUCAACGUACUGAAGAAUAAAUAGAAAAGUUGUGAAUUUGUAACUUUACAGUAACAUUGUGAAAAAAAUCUGUAAAUUUAUUUGUUAAUAUAAAAUAUUUUAUAGUUUUUUCUGUGAA